AUGGUCCGCAUCAACUCCGCAGCCCUCCUGGGCUCUGCCAUGGUUGGCUUGAGCAGCGCAGCUGGCGCCGGCACCAAGGCCGAAUACGCGUCGGGCGAGGUUCACCACCGCAUCAUGGGCAUCAAGAUGGCCCAAUGGGAAGCCGAGGCCGAGGCCGGCCUGAUGGACAGCGCCCGCUACCCCGAGCUCGGCUACACCCCGUGCGUCGACGGCUUUGCGGCCGCCAUUCCCGGGGACGCCAACAACACCUUCCGGUGCGGAAACAUCGACCUUUACCACUUCCUGUCGCAUGAGGCCCUAGGCAGCUGGGGAGGACGAGGGUCCUCGUCUUGGGGCUGGACCUCGGCCGACGGCAGAGAGUUCGUAGCCAUCGGACAGUACGACGGCACGGCGUUUGCUGAAAUCAGCAAGGAGGGCAAGCUCGUCUACCUCGGCCGGCUGCCGCAGUACGACGCCAUUGGGUCGAACUGGCGCGAGAUCCGCAUCGUGGGCGACAUCGUCGUCAUCGGAUCCGAGGCCAUCAAGCACGGCGUGCAGUUCUUCGACAUGAAGAAGGUGCUCGACCUCGACCCGGCGAACCCCAAGAACUUCACGCAGGCGGAUCUCACGGGCCACUGGGACGAGCUCCCCGUCGGCCGGACGCACAACAUCGUCGUCAACCAGGAGCUCAACUACGCCAUCGCCUGCGGCUCGGUCGGCGGCAACGAGACGAUCCGCGUCCGGGACAACCUGCCGUGCCGCGGCGGGCUCAUCUUCCUCGACAUCAGCGACCCGACCAACGUCACCAGCCCCGGCUGCGCGGCGGGCGACGGCUACGUCCACGACGCCGAGUGCCUCGUCUACCGCGGGCCGGACGCGCGGUACUACGGGCGCGACAUCUGCUACGGUUACAACGAGGACACGCUGACCAUCUACGACGUGACGGACAAGAAGGGCAACGUCACCAAUAUCAUCUCCAUCAGCGACUUUCCCGGGGCCGAGUACAUCCACCAGGGCGUCGUCAACAACGAGACGUGGCAGGAGUACCUCUUCCUGGACGACGAAUUCGACGAGCGCGACGCCAAGGUGGGCCCGAUGACGCAGGGCCUGCCGACAACGCACAUCUUUGACAUCCGCGACCUGGAGAAGCCCGCGUACACGGGACACUACGCCGGCAAGAGGCGCUCCAUCGACCACAACCAGUACAUGUUCAACGGCUACCUGUACCAGUCCAACUACGGCAACGGCAUCAACGUGCUCGACGUGUCGAGUGUCACAAGCGACCCCACGGGCGCGGGCAUCUGCGAGGUCGGCUUCUUCGACGUGUACCCCGAGGACGACGAGGCGGAGGGCGGCGGCGUGGUGCAGUUUGCGGGGUCCUGGUCGUCGUACGCCAAGUUCGAGUCGGGCUUCAUCUUUGUGCACACCAUCGAGCGCGGCAGCUUCGUGGUCAAGAUGACAUCCAAGGAGUGCCUCAAGGCGGCCACGGACUGCAGCGCCGAUAACUGCCUCCGGGCGCUGCGCGCGAACACGAUCCCCGGGCGCCUCGAGGAGUCGCUGGAGUUCUGCGGUAACUUCACGGCGCGCCAGAGGACUGAUGAGAGCCUGCUGCCCGAGUACGCCGCCGAAGCCUGCGUCGAGAACAAGGACAAGGAGCCCGUCGCGAGGGUCAGUAGCGCGUGCGCGUGCAUCCCCACGCCCGUCGUGCCCGAGCUGCCCAGGACGACGACGCGUCCUCCUGUGCCGACGGUGCUGCCUCCCAAGGCAUAA